GCAGUGGAUGUAGUCUCCAGAGGCUAGACUUCCUUCGUGUCUAUUCUAUAACUGGUCUAAGGUUGGUAUUAGUGCCUCAUUCGUAAAUUUGUAAAAUUAUUCUUCACCGUCAGGUUGUUUUCAAACAACUCUAGGCGUCGCGUCCAUAAUAUCAGAUGAUGUUUAUUGUGUCUAAAGAAUGUCUGUAAAUGUGUAUGAAGGAGACGUAGACGAAUACAAAAAGAAUCCUCUCUACAAGCACAGGGAACCAGAUGACUAUACCGACUUCUAUGUAACAACGUCCAUUUGUACAAUCCUUCUUUUCACAUUGCUCAUUUUGAACGCUUUCUUCUGCUGGUGUUCAAAGCACAAACACUAUUGGCAAGAUAGUAAUACAGGUAAUCGGUGGUUAAUUCCGGUCUGGACGAAAACACCGCACCAGCAGCCGCCACUGGACCUGACCGAACUGGAAGACGCGUACGUCGCCCCGCGGCCAGUCUACCACUCGGAAGACAUUGACGAGGAGCAGAUUGAGCUGAGGAAGCGCGAGAGUGAUCUCUAGUUAGUUGAAGUUGUGACAACUGCAAAAUGUUCCACAUCUACUGGCCACCACUCACAUUUCUUGCCCUGUUUGUUGCCGUCUGCAUCAUGGUGAUGCUCAAGUACGGGCCCCGCUGGUGCAAGCUCAGGCAUGAGGCCAAGCCAGACGAGUACGACUGGAAGGACAAAACUUACGAGCAGAGUCUUUCCUAUGCAUAAUCACAUUACCUCUUCCGCACCGUGCCUUAACCUAGAAAUCACUCAUUCAUUCUGUGUUCAUGUUCAUUGACUUGCAACAACAUACAUUCAAUACUGUAUUAUCUAUAUAUGUUAUAAAACAACAUAGAUGUGGCAUACUAGUUGUCCUAUUCCGAUGACGACAGUUGUUUACUUUUAGCUUCAAAUUUGAGUAUUUUGUAUUUGAAAUAUAUGUAGUUGGGAGUAGGGGUUGAUAGGAAUUUGGUGUUAUUUUUUAUUACAAGAUAAUCGUCCUGUAAUCUGACAAUGUAACCGUUUACAGCAUAAAUUAAGUUUUGAACCUACUUCCUACCAUGUUCCCAAACAUAGUGUUUGGCGAGGCGAGGCGGAACUACCGUCUAGUCUCUCCACCUAUCAAAUACAUAUAAUAAUUUAUAGCAACUAAGAAUUAUGGAAAUCGUAAUACUAGAAUUAUUGUUGACAUUGCAUCAGGCUGGGCCACUUUGACUCGAUGUAAUAGAUACUUCGUUAAUCCAAGCCAUCUUUGUUAGUUGAGGCGUGGUAAUACUUGUAACAACUACGAGUAUAUUUUUAUAAAUUUGAAUUUCCAGACUACAUUAAAUACAUUCAUAAAUCAUACCUAUGCGUACAUCACAGUCAUUUGGUGUACAAAUAUCACACUACUACAUUUUUUACAAUGAAUAAUAAGUUACUAAUUUCAAAACAAAAUAUUUUUACAGUAUGUGCAAAUUAUUCCUUGAAGAAACUAUUAUAAAAUAUCUUGAAUUUUAGAGGUACAUCAAAUACCUAUCAUUAUUAUUAAUAUUAUUAGUUUAUUCUUGAGCAUCUGAAUUUUCUUUUAUUCCAGUUUAUAUAAAUCUAUUAGGUACCAAUAAGUUGAUUAGUGAAAUCUAGUUGUGCAAUGAUAAUAUUCAAUCCCUAUCCACUAUUUUCAAGACAUAAGUAUUAAGCAGUCACAAUUAAUUAAGUUUAGGUAAUACUUAUUGGUAACUUCGAUAUUAUGUUACGAAAUUCGUAUAUGUUUUGUAUAAACGUAAAUGUAUUAAAUCUUAACAUGUUUUGAGCUUGAACAUUGUAAUGUAUAAGGCUACUUUUAUGUAUCACAUGACAUGUGUUGACUUUUUACAUGUUUCAACAAUAGUACAUUCAUAAUUUUAUAUUUACUUUGAAAUUUCCAUUGAUUUUAUAUUACUGUAAAGUAAGUGUUCUGUACUCCAUAUCCUAGUUAGUUGGUACAUUUUUUCAAUUUUAUAUCCUCCGAAAAUUAUUAGAAUCAUAGUUAGAUUGAAAUAAAAUUAAAUUGAGUUGACAAGUAGUUAGCGUCAUGUGUCUCAAGUAAAAGUAAGAUUAGUCCAAAGUUCCAGAUUUAAUUUUAAGUAAAUCGGGUGUUGCAGUGAUGCAUGCAUACUCCAUCACUUUAUUAACAAAUGAUUAUUUGAUUAAUUGUAGUUGAAAUACAUUAUUUUUGCAAAAUGGCAUUUCCUGGAGAAAGUAUAUUUAUUAAUCAGUUGAAUAGUGUAAUAAUGUUGAUUAUAUUUGCACAAAAUGAAUAAUGUAGAAGACUCCUCUACAAAAGUAACAAGAUUUGUAUUAACUUUGUUUCAAUGCAGUAUUGGUGAUAAUGAUUGAUAUUCCGUCCUCUUUUAAUAUUAAUA